UCCCCGUUACCGAUACCCCCGCUGGCUGCCGCGCUUCGGUGCUGUAAAAGGACCCUGCGGGCUAUAGAGCAGAGGGAGGAUAUGGAGCUUAGCACAGUGGGGGUGCAGCGCUGUGUUUGAGCGCUGGGUCGGCCCAGUCUCGCCCCCUGUAGUGCCAGUGCCAUGGAUAGCCGGUGCUAUGGGUGUGCGUCCAAGUUCUCUGUCUUCAAGAAAGAGUGUGGAUGCAAGAGCUGCGGCCGGUCCUUCUGCUCAGGCUGCCUUAGCUUCAGUGCUGUGGUUCCCCGCUGUGGAAGCGCCCAGCAGAAGGUGUGCAAGCAGUGUCACGGAAGGCUAACUGGACAGGGGUCUCCAAGCAGCUCAGCAAAAUGGUCACCACCAGAAAACUACAAGAAGCGUGUAGCAGCUCUUGAGGCUAAGCAAAACCAGAUGAAAGAGCAACAGAAGGCAACUACAAAACCCCCAGGGCAAACAGGCUCCAGAUACAUGGGGCUCUCAAAAGAGGACAGAGCUAUUGCAGAGAGACUGGAGAGGCUCAGGGAAGAAAGGAAACCAAAGUCCAUUCCUACACAGGCUGAGAUUGAGGCUAGGCUGGCUGCUCUGAAGGAGGACUGCUGGAGACCUGUUCCAUCCACACAGGAGAUGGAGGACCGCUUGGCUGCCCUGCAGGGGAGGGAUCCUCCUUCCCAGGCUCCCAGACCUGUACACAAGCCUCCUGACACUAGAAGUCUGGCCCAGCAGACAGAUGACCUGUUAGCUCAACUGUCUGAGGAAGUAGCCAUUGAUGAGCAUUACAGACCAAGAGUCCAGCCUCAAGCUGCCAGCAGCCAAAGCUUGAACGAUCUCAAUGGGGACAGUGAAGAUUGUGCUUGCCCUGCCAGUCUGGACCCAAAGCAGCUGGAGGAGGAGAAGAAUAAACUUCUGGCAGAAGCUGCUGCUGAGCUGAGGGAAGACAACACGAGGCAGGAAAAGAUCCUCCAAGUCGCCAAGAGACUGGCAGCACUCAAAGGCGAGGACCCAGAGAAAGUCACCCUGGAGAUGUGUCGACUCCCUGACAGUGAUGAGGAAGUGGCUGAGGAGGAAGCCAUUCGCAGAGUGCUAAAACAGCUCACAGAGGAAGCAGCCCUGGAUGAAGCAAGUGGAUUCAACAUUCCCCCAGAUCAAACCACCCAACCAGGACCCUCACAACAGAACCUGCACAAGAAAGCAAAGCAAAAGAGCCAAACUCCAACCACCACAGCUCUUGCCAGGGCAGAUGACAGUGACGAGGACGAGCUCCCCUGGUGCUGUAUCUGCAACGAAGAUGCCACCUUGCGCUGCCACGGCUGCGACGGGGACCUCUACUGCCAGCGCUGCUUCAGGGAAGGCCAUGAUGAGUUUGACCUGAAGGACCACCACACCUCCCGCUACCAUCUUCCUUGCAAGUAGAAGUGAUCAUGGCCUUCACAGACAGCAAAGGAGACGGAGAACAGGAAAAGAGAGGAGUUGGCCGGAUGGGAAGAAUCCAAGCGGAUUUGCAGCCAAAACGGGUGAUGCCUCGGACAGUUAAAGGAUGUGCUGUAACCCAAGAGGCUUGGAGGGUGUAUGACUUUGUCCUCAUACAACCAAAGAAGUGCAGGGUUUGCUCUGCAUGCUUGGGAAUGAAGGAGGGCUUGGUGUGAGGAGCCAGAUCCGAGUCUAUAAGGACAGCCACUGAGGCGGCGUGGGCAGCAUUAAAGAUGUGUGUUUCAGGCAGUUCUGACUGGCUGAUAAGUAACUUCCUGCUUUUGCUAACAGCUUGCACACUGGUUCAAGAGGCAGCAAAGCACUUUGCACUAAGAGAACUUGUCUCUGUCGUGGUCACAUGUGUGAUGAGAACUUCCAAAGCAUAAUAAAAACUCUUU